UGGUCCGGGCGGAACCAAUGAGGCGAUAGAAGCUCGGUCACGUGACGUGGCUGACCCCUUUUUCACUUCCGCUGGAGCGCUCGUCAAUGACGUCACCAUGUCCAAACACGGGAGCCGUGGGAAAACUUUAAUCAUCGCCGAAGAUGAAGAGGAGAUGAACCCUUUUUCCUUCAAAGAGUUCCUUCGCUCUAAAGACCACAACCUGGACUUGGACCUGGACCAGGACCAGGACCUUGUCCUAAACCGAGACCAGGACCGAGUCGACGAGGACCAGUCUGCGUGGGAGGUGGAAAUAGAAGAGGGUGGGCGGAGCUUUCAGUCUGACGUCAGUAGCUCCUCCCACUGCGGUGAGGACGAGGCGGAGCAUGACGAGCGGACAAGCAGGUGUGAAGGUGGCGCCCACUAUGAGGGUGAUGACGAAAUGUCCAUCCUACAACCAAACACUUCCAGCAGGGGGCGCAUUCGACAGCUGCAGCAGGAGAACCGCCUGCUGAGGAGGACCAUGGCGGACCUCCAGAGGGCGUCGCGGGCACAGCAGCAGAGGGCGGAGGCGCUGGAGGAGGAGCUACGGCGGCGGCGCUGUCGGGAGCAGCAGGAAGCCCGAGACAUGGAGACCAUGGUCCAGUCCGUGGAGCAGAACCUGGACUUGAUGACGAAACGAGCGCUGAGAGCCGAGGGCAGCGUGUCCACGAUAAGGGCGGAGCUAGAGCUGCUGCAGGCCCAGGUGGAACGUCUGCGCUCGGAAAACGACGGCCUCAAGUCAGCCGAGUCCGACGUCGUCAUGGCGAUGAAGCGCAACGCUCAAGUCGCGUCCGACUACCUGGACAAGACAGCAAGCCACGCCCACUCCUCCGUCUGUCAGCUGCUGGAGGGGGCGGAGUCUCUGCGCCUGGUCUCUCAGCUGCUGCGCUCCAUGGAUAAAGUGUCGGACGUGACGUCGGAGUCGUGAGGCCGCAAUAAAUCCCUUUUUGUCUCAU